AUGGAGCCAGAAUUCACCAUCCCCAAAACAACCGCAAGAAAUUGGAAGGAGAAACCGAUGCAGUGGAAAGAACGGAAAACAGCCGGCCCUCCACUCAACUUCAUCCAUGGUUCCAACGCACUGCCACCUCCAUAUACCGUCAAUGAUCCAAUCAGAAAGACUGGCCGAUUCUAUGAGAAGGACGGACAGUGGUGGGAGCAGUACGAUUUCGAGACACUCAUCCCCAAGUCACACAACAAUGAUCCUAAGCCGACUCGAGCGGAAAUAGACCAGGCGAAGAAGGCGUAUAAUGAACUACGCAGCAAGAUCGAUGACGCAAAGGCGGAGAUUGAGUGGUUGCAGAGGAUCAACAAAAUUGACGAGGCUAGCGCAGCGGCUAGAGCGAAAGCGGAGCAUAGCUACAACGAGCAGCCAAGCGACUUCGAAGCAGAUCCAGUAACUGGCACCAUCAAACAAUUCGAUGGAUCUAUGCCGGCCGCACUCGAACUUUUGUCCACCUCGGAGUUGUCACGGAUCCAAAAUGGCCCCAGGAUGAGACUAUUGAAAUUGUGCAUGGGUGGCCGGCCAGAAGAAUUAUAUCUGGAGGCGUGGAGGCUGAUGGAGUUAAAGGCGAACUUUGACAAUCUCGCUUGGAGGCUGGAUAAUACCGUGACGGAGACCACGGUCAGGAAUCAUGCCGUAAACUGGACGAAAAAGCCUGUCAUAUGGCAUUAUAGGCUCGUGUCCGAGCUGGCGGUUUGCGCGACCCUGAGAAGCUUGCAAAUUCCCCAGAAUGAUUCGGAACCCCGUUCCUACAACGAGCAUGAUCCGUACGGUCUGGAUCCGUGUCACUAUAUCACGAGAGUGGGCCACUGGUAUGAACGCCGUUUAAUCUAUGAAAUACAGGACUUAGAUGCCGACGCUCUUGAGCCUGAGAUUGAUGAGAUAGAGAACGAAAAGAAGUGGUGUGAGUACCUCAAGAGAACAAAAGACGCCAUGAAGUCCCGCAUGGAGAAAUUUGAGAAGAUGCAGAUGGUUGGCGGUGUCACGCGGAUGACACUAUGCGAGCGCAAAACGGACGAAGAGUGGAAACUGCGGGACCAGUACGAUUCCGAUGUUGCAAGGUGGGAGUCGGUGCAGGCAGGAUGCGAGAGAGCUUACAUGAACGCAUGGAUGAUGAAGUGUCGAAAAGAGAGGUAUGAACUUGCUCGGCGAGGAUGA